UCUCGCAGGGGCGCCCCGUCCCCGAUUCCACAGCAGCUCAGAAGUAGGCGCCACGCACAGCACAGACCAUUACAAGGACUUGCGGCAAAUCUCUUCCCCCAAAGUCUGACUUCGACCGACAACCUCACUUGCAGCAAAGUCCACCCUCCUCCCUCCGAAGGGAGUGAUCGGCCCCGGGGAGCGUCUGCGCCAGCGGCUCGGAAGCACAGAUUGUCGGCGGCCGUGGGUAGGGGAAAUCAAUCCAGUCCGGGUUUUGUCUGCACGGGGGCCCGAGGGCUGCGAGGACGGGCUCGCGCGCAGGGGGGCGCGGGGGACACACACGGCACAAACAGCUCGCGCCCGGGGCCGCAGGCUAGGCCCGAGCGCGCGGGCGCAGCGGCCCGGAGAGGCGCGGCCCGGCCGCCGGCCGCAUGGAGCGCAGAGCGGCCCGCGGCUCCGGGGCGGCGGCGGCGGCGGAGGCGGCAGCGCGCCGCUCGCUCACACCCACCCCCGCCCGCGGCCGCCGCGCCGCCCCGUAGCCGCCGGCGUCCCCGCGGGCCGGGCCAGCGUCUCUGCAGCCAGCGCCGCUGUCGCCGCCCGGGAGCGGCUCCCGCGCCCCGCGCCCCGGGCGCCGGCGACCCCCGCGGCCGCCCGGAGGAGGAGGACGAGGAGGAGGAGGAGGAGGAGGAGGAGGAAGAGGGGAGCCCGCGGCCGGCUCCGCGCGCCGGCAGCCCGCGCUCAGGCAUGCAGGCGCGGCGUCUAGCCAAGCGCUCCAGCCUGGGCAGCCGCCGGGGGGGCGCCGCGCCUCAGCCGCCCGGCCCGCGCGCCCCCCGCGCCCGCCGGCGAGGGCGCCCCGCCCGGCCCCGCGCCCCCGCGCCCCCCGCGCCCGGCCCCGGGAGCUGGAGGCCGCCGCUGCCGCCGCCGCGCAGCGCCGGGACCGGCCCCCCUCGGGCCGCCGGGGCCGCCGCCUCGUCGCCGGUGCUGCUGCUGCUCGGGGAGGAGGACGAGGACGAGGAGGGCGGCAGCCGGCGGCGCCGGGGGCUCGGGCGCGUGGAGGAGAAGCCCCGAGGGGGCGCGGAGGAGGAGGAUGACGACGAGGAGGACGAGGACGAGGAGGUGGUCGUCGAGGUGGUGGACGGCGACGACGACGACGAGGACGGCGAGGAGCGCUUCGUGCCCCUCGGCCCCGGCCGCGCGCUCCCCAAGGGCCCGGCCCGGGGCGCGGUGAAGGUGGGGAGCAUUAAGCGGGAAAUGACCUUCACAUUUCAAGCAGAGGACGUCAGACGUGACUCUAGCAAAAAAGUAUCUCAUCAACACUUGUUCCCCUUGGCCAUGGAGGAGGAUGUGAAAACGACAGACACCAAAAAAGCCAGCCGAGCCCUUGACCAUGAAAAAGAAAACACUCGCUCCAUAUGUCUGCUGGAGCAAAAACGAAAAGUCGUUUCUUCGAAUAUUGAUGUUCCUCCAGCAAGGAAAUCUUCAGAGGAACUGGACAUGGACAAGGUGACAGCAGCAAUGGUACUAACCAGCUUGUCCACCAGCCCCUUGGUUCGAAGCCCUCCUGUGCGACCGAAUGGGACCGAGGGCCUGAGCGGCUCCUGGAAGGAGGGCGGAGCCGGGCCGUCCAGCAGCAGCAGCAGCGGCUACUGGAGCUGGAGCGCCCCCAGCGACCAGUCGAACCCGUCCACGCCGUCGCCGCCGCUCUCGGCCGACAGCUUCAAGCCCUUCCGCAGCCCCGCGCCGCCCGACGACGGCAUCGACGAGGCCGAGGCGGGCAGCCUGCUCUUCGACGAGCCCAUCCCCAGGAAGAGAAAGAAUUCCAUGAAGGUGAUGUUCAAAUGCCUCUGGAAGAACUGUGGCAAGGUGCUGGGCACUGCAGCGGGAAUCCAGAAACACAUCCGGACCAUCCAUCUUGGGCGUGUGGGGGACUCCGACUACAGUGAUGGUGAAGAGGAUUUUUACUACACCGAGAUCAAGCUCAACACAGACUCGGUGGCAGAUGGACUGAGCAGCCUGGCCCCGGUGUCGCCCUCCCAGUCGCUGGCCUCGCCUCCUACUUUCCCCAUCCCAGAGUCAAGCCGAACAGAAGCUCCUUGUGCCAAAACCGAGACUAAGCUGAUGACGCCCCUGAGCCGCUCGGCUCCCACCACCCUCUACCUCGUGCACACCGACCACGCUUACCAGGCCACGCCCCCCGUGACCAUUCCAGGAUCGGCCGAAUUCACCCCCAAUGGCAGCAGCUUCAGCAUUUCCUGGCAGUCUCCUCCAGUUACCUUCACAGGCAUUCCAGUGUCGCCAACACACAGCCACCCGGCGGGCCCAGGAGAGCAGAGACAGCACACCCACACGGUCUUGUCCUCGCCGCCCCGGGGGACGGUCAGCCUAAGGAAGCCCCGGGGAGAGGGCAAAAAGUGCCGCAAGGUGUACGGCAUGGAGAACCGGGACCUGUGGUGCACGGCCUGCCGCUGGAAGAAGGCGUGCCAGCGCUUCAUCGACUGAGGCUGGCCAGCGCCCGGCCCUGCCCUCGCCUCCGCUGCGGGUUCUGGAAAGCGCUCUUCCUUCCGAGCAAAAUUCAGAGGAAGCCCAGGAGAAGCACUUCCAGGAACCUUGGUGGAAUCAUAGCAAAAAAAUAAAUCAGUAAGAGGUCCCCACCUUCCUUUUCUUGCUGAGAAUCCAGCCUCAAGCAGCUGUCGCUCUUUUUUCUUUUCCUCGAAAGGUCCACUGACUUUUCAUAUGUCUAGGUCUGAAAACUGUGGACUUCUGUAGCAAUCGAACCGACAAAGUCCAUUUCACCUAGAAAGGAGGCAUAUUUUGAUAAGCUUUCUGAAUAACGUCGUUUCUGAGAUUUUUUUGGAUGCUUAAAAAGCGACACGUUGUUCGGUAGCGUUUGUACAAAGGACCCGCUGUCAUUGUGAGUGGUCUGUUUCCUGUCUCCCGCUGGACUUCUUGGAGCAGUCCACAUCAUGAUGUGUUGCCAGAAAGGGCAGCACCAGGUAUCUUUUCUAUGUCCUUGUUUGUUUGUUUGUUUGGUUUGGUUUUGAAGAAUGGCCCCAAACUGAACCAUGGUCGAGCUGUUAGCUCGAAGGGCCCCGGAUGGCAUAAGCUGGAAGAGAGACCGACGAUGGGAUCCGCCAGCACACGCCAGCCCCCAGCUGAGGUAGGGACGGGCAGCUGUCACCAUUGGGAAACAUCGAGGAGCCUUCCUUGGACUGAUGAUCCCCACGAGGCAGCACGGCUCCUUCUCCACCUGCCACGAUGCAGUCAAGAGCGGGCACGGGCGGCCCUCCGGGUAAGCCUCGAAGCUUCCUUCAGGGAUGUGACGCUCCCCGCAGCUCCGAUCUGGUCGUCACCGCUUGUCUGACAAAGUUGUUGCCAGAGUGAUGGGUCCUCGGGCCUUCCCACAGAACCCCACCGCUGACUGGCUUCAGAAGAGGGAGAGAGCUCCACCCGGUCCCAGCAGGGCUGCCUUCGACAGCAAAGCACAGCCCACCCGUCCCCGGCUGUCCAGAAAGUCACGUGAGGCCGACAAGCCAGCGUCCAUUCUGAGUGCACUUUUAUAGGUUGUAUGCUUUAGCAUGCCUGGGAGAUGGGUUAAUGACUAAUAUAAACACUCUAUGGGUAGACAGAAGGUUUAAACCUUUAUUUUUCUUAUAAAAAUAUUGGAGCUAUUCAUUAAGAAUUCGCUCAGAAGGGAAGGUACAGAACACCAAAAGGAAGGGCAUGUUGGUAUAGGACCCUCUCAAUUUAGUAGGACCAGGGCUUACACUGUGUUCCAGGCUUUCUAGCCUGGUAUGUUCGUUCAUUCGUUUGUUUUGGUGGGAACGGUGCAGGGGGAAGGGAGUAGUUGUCAAGCCCUAUAAAUAAGCUCAUUCUCUACCCUACUCUCGAUUGCCCUGCGAAAGAGUUGUUCUCCUCUACCUAUGCAAAGAGGGAAGAGCACCUUCGGGAUGUACUGUGUCAGGAUGGGGGGCCUAGGAUCAGCCAUAGGAAUGUUAAAUGAAAUUGCACAGAAGAAAGUUUAAUAUAUGUUUAGAGAUUGUACGUACACUUUUUUUUUAAAGAGUAGAAAGAAGUCAGCUAGUAAUAAUAGAUAUCCUUUUUUUUUUAUAAGUGAGGGAAAUAUAAGGUGGUUCUAUGGUGUAACAUCCACAAUCUGUGCAUUCAUCUAUUUUGGCAAUUUUAUUUUUUAAACUCUCAUAUGACUUUUUAAACACUAUUUUUUGAAAAAGAUCCUGUUUUCCUCCUUCGUCUGUUUUUUCUUUGAAAACACUUCAGAGAGCAGAAAAAGAGCGUCAUUUAAUUUCGCCUUGUGAUUACCAAUCAAUACGAGCCACAGCACCAGCUAUAAUAUAUGUUUUAGUACCUGGAAGGUCAGCCAGGAAAGGGCAUUUUUUUUUUAAGUACAGAAAUGUACUUGCAUCCUCCCCCCAGCAUAUCAUUGCUCCUCCCUGGUGUCCUGUCACUUCACCUGCAGGCACCCUGGGCCAUGAGAUGAUGCUCUGGCGUGGUCCAGGAGGCCCGGCCCUGAGCUCUGGAUGGAUUGCCCAGGGGCCCCGGUGAGCCCAGGGCUGCUCGACCACUUGAGCGGGUUCACUGUGUACUUAAAUGAUGGUUGGGGUGCAGUCCUGGAGCAUCCUGGAGGUUUUCUCUUCAGCAGAUCUCCCUGGCCCUUGACCCUUGGGUUAAAUCACUAGUCAAAACAUAUUGAAGUGAUGAGGGGCUAACUCCACCCCCACUCAGAGCUUUGGGACACGAGGAGGGGGAGAUCUUUGCUGUGGAGCAGUCCUGGAGCGGGGCCCUACCUGUGGCUCUACCCCCAGAGGUACAGCCCGUGGUUGGUGCUGAGCUCUGACCUGGAUGAGCCAAGCUGAGUUCUUACCUGGUUUUUAGCCAAUGCACGGGUAUAAGCAGAAGUGUAGAGCUGAAUGCAACCUCCCUGGGAUUUCUCCUACUUUCUAAAGCCUUCUUUACACAUAUUCUUCUGCAUCUCCCACGCACGUGGGGGGCUCCUUUCUGCCGGCCAGCCCUGGGCUCUGUGUACCCUCUUCUCUAGCUUCUAGGUGUGCAGAGACCUCAGUACCUUUCUGCACACACAGACCCCAUUCCCUGUACCAAGGCAUGUGAUAACUAGGGGACUGCCUGGCUGGCCUUGAAGAAAAGGGAUUAAACUUCUUGCAAGCCACCCAGAAAGCUAUGAAUUGCAAUAUAUAGCACUGAUUGUAAAAGCUAAAAUUUAAAAAAAAAAAAUGUAGAGCUAUUUUGUUGUAUUGUGGAACUGAACAAAGUGCCAAAUUAUGCCCACCAUUCCUCUUAUGCCAUCCCUGUGGUACCAUGUUCUUUGAUGUCUUCAUUCGGCAGGGGGAGGUGGGGCGGGGGUAAGGGGAGUCCCUCGGCACACUGGCUGCUUACUGGAGCCCUGUCCAUCACGGGAUCUCAGAGACCUGUCUGUGUGAAAGGAAUAGCAAUACGAUGGAUUCUGGUCCCAAAAUAUUUCUAAAUAAGGCAUGUUAUAGCCUUUUGACUUUUCUCUCCCUUGGUGCCCCUUUCUUCAGAAAAAGACUUCUCAUCUUUCUCCAGUGAAGGUGUUUCAUAGUGAUGGGCAGGCAUUCUCCAGAUGGCUGAAAAGCAAAGCGUUCAGCAGGCAGUAGUUUUAAGCCUUAUUCCCUCCCAGAGGACAUGCACCUAAUUGGCGGGAGGCAGUGUGACAACUUGGAGAGAACACCCAGGUAGCUGCGGGCCGGGGGACAGAGAGGAGAUACAAGAGGCCUACGGACACAGGUCUCCCGCUCAUCUUUCUAGUACUGAUGCACAGGCCAGGGGUGACUGUCCCUGGCACCUCCAAGGGAGCAGCCUGUUCUCCCUCUGGGAGCAGCUGCCAAGGCAAGGAGUGAGCUCCUGUAAGGGAAGCACCUCCAGCCAGGGGUGUGGGGCUGCCGUGCACAUCUCCAGUGGGCAGGCGCUUCUCUCCGCCUCCCUUGAUGGACAGCUUCCUCCCUUGGUUGGCAAAAGCCAGUGUCAGGAGGAGAGCGGUGGGUUUCUGACCAGGAACGUGCGUGCUCAGCUGCAAAGUGCCCGUCGGCAGCUCCACGCACCACCAAGGUGCCCUUUACGAGACGAUUCCUAGUCCAGUCAUCAUCAGGUUGCAGAUGAAAAUGCUCAGCAGAGAACGAUGCGUGAUGCAGUUGUUGAGCUUUCCAAAAACUUUUUCAUGAAAUAGUUACAUGUAUGUUGCAAAAGAUUUCUGAAACUGAAAUGCCCUCUGUCAGAUUCCAAGGUCAUUUGAGUUGAAGUCGGCUGUCUCUGGGGUCAUACUAAGCCCCACUUUUGAAAGCAGCCCUGGGCUCUGAAUUAACUGACACUGCUGCAUCGGUUUUCUCUUUCAUCAGACUUCAUCUGAAAAUGGAAGCGCAGCAUUCGUUUGAGAAUGGUUAGAGAAAAGUGAAAGAAUUGUACAUAUGGGAGAGAAUACCUUGAGAAUAGUAGCAAAAUACUGUAAAUAAUAUUCAUUUCCUCAGGGAAAUUUAAAGGGUAUGUGAAAAACAGAUCUGGAGGAUCCUAAGACUAGAAAGACUUAUUAUCUCGAGAGUCUUUUCUAGUUAGAACAGUUUGGUGGGUUUUUUUUUCAAUCAACAUGAUAUCAUUUCAAGACAAAUUUACAUGAACUGGACAUUACCAACUUUUUGAGGGGUGGAGGAAUGCUCUGUGAAAAAGAGCUGUUUCUUUGUAGCUGCCCUGCAUCUAAAGCUGACAUUUGAACCCCAGGCACAGCCCCUGGUGAGUAAUCCUAGGCUCCCGUAAGGCUUUCUCUGAAUGUAAUUGUGACUAUGAAGCCUUGGUGUUCCUUUGUAUAAUCCCUUGGUUGGGUGACUGAUUAUUAGCUCUAAGCCGAAUUCUGUAGGUAAAGCCUUUAAAGAGGUGCAUUUUUGCUUAAAUAGCAUGUUAAGGAGCAAACUUCCAUGGACUUUUGUGGACAAGGUGCUGCUUUUUCUCAUGACCCUGUAGAAUUUCUAACGACCACAUCAACCGUAGCAUUGACUUGUAUGAACGCAGGGAAGAAUUUGUGCAUACAAAUGAGUGGAAACAGAGCAGGCAUCAUGAAUAUGGAUGAGGAUGUGGAUCAUUUUGGAGAAUGCGCUGGGCACAUGGGUCAACUGGAAAUUUUGUUUCUUUAAGGGAAAUAACCCUACCAGCGGCACACACACUCUCUGUGUUCCUCUUACCUGUGGGGAUUCCUCCAUAUGGAACUGUUUCCCGUGGGUCUUUUUGCAUUGUAACUAGUCCAACCAGAAGUCAGUAAACAGGACAAGUUAGCACUUCUUGGUGUCAGUUGUAUCACCAUGUGAUGCACACCAAGAGAGCAAGGAAGCGUAAAAUGUAUUUAAGACCACCUGGUUUGCUUAUUGUGACUGACUUUGAAAAAGCCCAUAGCCGAUUAUACACAUGCUUUAAAAGGUGUAUCUAUCAUAGAACCAGAAAUCAAACUGGGAAUUUUACUUCUGGUCCUGUUCUGUAAAUAGUUCCUUUAUUUUGAAGACAAUCUCAUGUUUUAUAGCUUUUCUUGUGGGUCUGAGAAUCACAAUGGUAAUGUGUUGUGUCAAAAUGUAAUCUUAAAUACAAUAACGGUUAUAACUUAAUUUUCCAAACGAGACAAGAUAUUUCCUGCUUAGGCUUCUACAGUUCUAAGACACAUGAUCCUUUUUUUAUAACAAGCAUGAGUUCUUACCUUCUGGAGUUAACAGAACUGAAAAUAUCUUACAAGUUGCAGUGUUUUGUAAUCACAAAGAACAUGAACAUUUUCUGGGAAACGACCUUGGUUUUCUACAUUGUAGCUUAUUUUUUAAAAUACAGUGUUUUACCAGACAGGAACUGUUAAUAUUAUAAGCAGUUCCUGCUCUCCAGACAAAGGGCUAUGCCUCUUUUCAGCAAGUGUUUUCAUGCAUAUCUUUCCAAUUAACCCUCUGCAGCGAGGGUAGAAAUGCAGACCAGCUGGGAAGAUCAUCACAGGAGAAUCAAGAUGCAACAGCGACUCCUUUGUCAUUACCAGUGUUUUCAAAGUAUAAUGGAAAAAAGACAUGUUAAGAAUCAUCCUAGGUAUCUUAAAUCUAAAAAAUGUCAGUAGAUAUGCCUAUAGGCAAUGGGAAAACUAUUCUUGCAAAUUCUUUAGUGUAAAAUGAUAGAUUCUGUUACAAAGACAAGCUUACCACUUGACCCACCAGAACCACAAACCUGCCUUUAACUAGCAAGUAUCAUUUGGUGGAAAUUUCUAAAGUCAUGGUGGGUCAGCCCAAAGAUAGAACUCUUAGGUGAUCAGUGGUGUUUAAAAUAAUUCUGUCCCCAGCACUAACUAAAUAACUCGAAUUUCCUUAUCGGAACAAGUGCUGGAUUUUUCACACAAAGAAUUCGCAGACACGCAAGGUUGAGAUCAGAAAGUCACUGUAUUCCCUAGAGUCGGGAAACAAGGAAGGGAGCCAUGGAGCGUUUUUGAACUGCACAAAUAAUUCUGAGCAUUGCCAAAUCCAUUUCCUAAUACUGUACAGUUUUUUCUAGCCCACUCACUGAUAAAACAAGAAAACAUCUUUUUUUCCCCCUAAGAUUUUAAUAAUUCAGACGCUAGACUAAUUAGCCAAGUAUGCAGAUAACAUCAAAAGAAAAGCCAGGAUAGAAUGGUCAUCUACCCCUUGGGCAACUCCUGUGAGGUGGUCAGGGGGUCCCUCGGAUCUUGCUUUCAAGUAGGCUUUCGAAUCUGCACCCAUGAGGACUGGGAAUGCACAGAGUUAGGGAAAACUGUGCAUGGCCUCGGCUCCCAGUCUCUGAGAUGAGGCCAUCUGAGAUCUCUCUCUUCAUUCCCUUGGAGCAUCUCCAUUGUUAGCAUGAGAGUCCCCAAGAAAUGUUCCUUGCUUUGUGGUUUUGAACCAAAUGAGUCUUGCUUCAUCUUUAAAUAAAAGCUGCCUGAUGGUGCAUGGCACAGGCCUUAGAAUGGCCAGGCAGGUUCUAUAAAGGAACGACUCAGCUCAGGCAGAAGAGGGACCCUGGCGAGUGGUGGAGAUGGUACUGAAGCAGAGAACACAUGCCCCCUCUGACGGGGGGACCCCGCACUCAGCUCUAGACAAUCAGAACCACACAGAAAUCAGGCCCAGGGCUGCUGGCCUUCUGACUUGGACAUAUGCUGUCACGUGACACUGAAGUGUUGACAGCUAAGUCAGAUUCUUGGCCAACACUAAGCAGACCAAAGAGAGCCCGUAUGUGGGCAGAUACAGCCUUUGGCCACCAGUUUGAACUGUUGGGGAAAGCACAUGUCACAUGCCGUGGCCAUCGAGUUUUUCCAUCAGCCCCACGAACGCACACGUUGGUACUGUCUGGGCAACUAAAAUCAAAGAAGGGAAAGAGGUCAGUUCUCCCCAGGAAAUCAUUCCCAUGGAAGACUUGAAUACAGAAAUCUAGUAUCCUUGAACCAGCCUUGCCUCGGAUCCAAAGAUGCUGAGGUGGCGUCCAGCUCUCCCCCUGCCUGCUGGCGUGCCCAGGCCAUGCCCCAAAGCAUCGAGUGACUGUAAUCCCGACGUUCUUACUGUUUUCGCUACCGUGACCACUGUGACGAGGGGCUGGCAAAGAGCAGCCUGUGCCUUCAGAGAAGGCCGGGAGCCCCAGCCGUUAAAGCUAGCCCACGUUGCCUCCUUGUGCCAAAGCCCUCUGCCGCCCCCUCCAUACUCCUGCCCGCUCCAUCCCGCCUCACGAGUUUUCGUUCCAGGGUAAAAUUUCCGUCUUUCCCCUUUGAUUUGGCAAAAUCCUUGCCUCAGAAUGCUAGAUACUUAAGUAUUUUUGAGUGUCCACUAACCUCAAAAUGGAGUUUUUCCACAGAGAAAAACCUUAGCCCUCAGACGAAGACAAAAUGGGAAUAAAUGUGUCAUGGAAAAAAUUAGAAGUCGCUUCCUUCAUUCGGAUGGAAUAAGUUAUUUCAGACUGUGUCUCACACCAGAGUCCUGACAGCGUUGGGAAAACCACUGACCCUUUCCCAUAUACAGGAAAGUCUGUCUCUUUCAAAUACACGAUUCAUUUGACCUUCCUAAGAGUCCAGUGUAGAAGAGGGAUAUGUAGGAUGACUAUCAUGGGCCUCCAAGGCCAGCCCGGAGGAGCCUCGAACCUGUGGGUCAGCCUCAUUGCUGCCUGCAAGGAGGAGAGAAGGGGCUUGUUAAAGGGCUGACUCAGCCCUUGGUCUUCCAGAAUGGCUCUAGACCUGAGAAGACCGGGGACGCACCAUGUUCUCAACCCAUCCUUUCAAUCCAGGUCUUUCAGCACAGAAAUAAAGAGCCCGCUCAGUCCCACAGUCAGAUGCCAACUAUUAAAUCAUGCCCACAUGCGUCCCUUUAGGGUAACUACCCUGCCACUAUUCCC